GAAGGGAGGGAAAUACAGGGUUUGGGUUGCUUAAAGGCUAUAGAAGAGGGUUGAAGUGGGAAAAAGAGUAUCUAGUCUUUUGGAGCCCUAUUUUAGUUUUUCUUUAUCAUGCCUUUCUCAUUGUGAAAUUUAACUUAUUAACUGAUUGUUAUUAAGACAUUGACUACUUAAAUUAGUAUUGGAUCCAUUACUCGCCUAUGAAUGAAAAACCUGUGGUUAAGUUGUUUGUUCUUUGUUGCAACUACGUUAUUUAGUGAAUGAGAGCUCUUCAGGAUUGCUGCUAUUUACUUUUGGCAUGGGCUUGGAGGAGGGAGUUCUAGAGCUGCAAAACAAAAAGGAAAAAACUCAUCAAACAUUGGAGAUCUGUGUGCAUGCCUUUUCUGACUUGACUUAUGUUUCUCCUGUAGUAUUCUUAUACCUCCUGAAAGAAUGCUAUAUCCAUGGAUCAUGUAAGGCAACAAAAAAGUUCAGAGCUCUUCAGCAACAAGUUCAUCAGGCGCUUCAUAAUUCUGCCCAACCAGGACCUGCAACUUUCAUUAUUCAUUGCCUGCAUGUCCUGCCCAUUUUUGGGUUACAUUCUGAAGGCUUCAGUCACUUGAUUGUAUCUUCUCUUCGUCGUUUUCUAAAGCUAUCACCCACCUCAAGAGAUUCCUUGCAAGCUAAAGGCCUAGCAGCCCAUUUAGUUAUAGAUAUUGUGGGAGGCUUAGUUGAGCAUGAUGAGAAGAUAAUUGUCAAGAUACUUGAAGUUUUUGAUGUCAAGUUGACAAACAUUGAGGAAGCAGUAUGCCAAUUAAAGGCGCGAAAUGAUAAUAGGUUUGACACAGCAAGAACAUUUGUCGAAGAUUAUAUUUUUAAGUUGGUAGAAUCUCAGUCAUAUAUGAUGGCUGUCACUCUGUUAGAACAUUUCUCCAUUCGCCAGUCUGGACAGUCUUUCCUCCUUAAAAUGAUGCAGAAUAAACAAUUUAAAGCAGCUGAAAAAUGGGCAACAUUUAUGGGGAAGCCAAUGUUAUGUGCACUUGUUCAGGAGUAUGUUGAUAGGAACAUGCUAAAGCAUGCUUAUGAUACUAUAAAGAAAAACAACCUGAAGGAAGAAUUUCCUGAUGUAUACCAUAAAUGCAAAGAAAGCUCGUUGAAGAAAUUAGCAGAAAAGGCAUUGUGGGAUAUUGCAGAGAUAAAGACACAUGGUAAUAGGCAACUUGUUGAAUAUUUGGUUUACUUGGCAAUGGAGGCUGGUUACUCUGAGAAAGUUGAUGAGCUCUGUGAUCGUUAUUCCCUUGAAGGUUUUCUGAAAGGAAAAGAACUUGAGGCAAGUUUCUCAAAUGAUAGAUAUCUGCAACUCAAUGAGUUACUGGUUGAAGAUAUUGUUUGGGUUGAUGAAGUGGAUAGUUUGUGUGAUGCAACAUGCCGCAUUGAGAGUAGUAAGGUUGUGGGCCUCGAUUGUGAAUGGAAGCCCAACUAUGAAAAGGGCUGCAAAACAAGCAAGGUUUCUAUAAUGCAAAUUGCUUCUGAUCAGAUCGUGUUCAUCUUUGACUUGAUAAAGUUAUUUGAAGAUGUACCUGAUAUUUUAGACAACUGCCUAACUCGGAUUUUGCAGUCUCCUAGAAUUUUAAAACUUGGCUAUAACUUUCAGUGUGAUACAAAGCAAUUAACUCAUUCAUAUGAAGGAUUGAAGUGCUUCAAGCAUUAUGAAAUGUUAUUGGACAUUCAAAAUGUGUUCAGAGAACCCCGAGGUGGUCUUUCUGGGCUUGCAAAGAAAAUAUUAGGAGCGGGUUUGAAUAAAACAAGACGGAAUAGCAAUUGGGAACAGAGGCCUUUGAGUCGGAACCAGCUGGAGUAUGCAGCUCUUGAUGCUGCUGUACUUAUUCACAUAUUCCACCACAUCCGAAAUAAUCAUCCUCAGUCUGGUGCCUCAGAGGGUUGUCAAAAAAUUGAGUGGAAAUCCCAUAUUGUUUCUCACAUUGAUAUCCCAAAAAACCCAAAAAGGCCCCUAAAUUUAAAGGGCAUCAGAAGGUGAGAAGUGAGAACAGCAAGCAUUGACCGUAUACCAUCAAGCUUUGUUUGUAUAUAUGGUGUUUAGGUUAAAACACAUUUAAAGUUACUAGUUAAAACUGGUAACAAACUCUCUGAAUAUUGAUAUAGAAAAUAAGUAAUUUUUAGCAAAGCAAACUUCUACAGUUAUAUCCUUAACUAAAGCAGGUUUACAAUUGCUAA